UAAUACUAUUUUUAUAUUUGGUUGUAGAGUACAGUUCCCCCAACACCUUGUCAUUAUACAUGCUUUGUAAAAUAUUAUUGCAUCAAGUGAUAUUUGCACUAAAUGUUAAAAUCCAUGAAUGAUCGAGUAAACAAAACAUAAUCAUUCGAAGAAGAUUAUCAAGGUUUACAAGUAAAAACUUCCCUAUCAAGAUGUUUCAUCGAAUUAUUUAUCAUAUUAAUCUCGUUAAACGAUAGUUGCCAAAUAUUUAUUACGAAAUCUUGUUGUGUAAAAUAAUGCAAGUAGUGUUGCCGUGUAUUACCAAUGUUAUUAAAUGCGCGAUUAAAAUAUAAUUAGCAUCGUAUUAUUAAGAUCUAUGAGAAUUCAGAUGAGAUAAUGAGAUAUGAGUAGAUAUUUUCUGUAAUAUAGAGACAAGAUAUGCAGGAUCAAAUAAAAGGAAGACUUUUGCCUACUUUUCUUGCAAUAUUUGAAUCUAACUUACAAGUCAACGUUGAAGAUGUCUGCUGUGGAGGCACCCCCUUUUAUUCGGACCAUAGAAUGGGAUAUGAUGGACAAAACAAAGUUUUUCCCAUUGAGUAUGCUUUCUUCUUUCUCCGUACGAUGUUGUCUUUAUCCUCUUACCGUAAUAAAAACCCGACUUCAAAUACAAAGACACAAUGUCAUGUAUAAUGGAAUGAUAGAUGCCUGUAAAAAAAUUUAUAAACUAGAAGGGUUUUCUGGGCUCUAUAGGGGUUUUUGGAUAAGUUCUAUACAAAUUGUAUCUGGAGUAUUUUACGUAUCGACUUAUGAAGGAGUACGUCAUUUGUUAGGAAGAGAAUCUCUUAAUCUUCGUAUAGAUUCUCGUGUAAAAGCAUUGAUUGCAGGAGGUGCUGCUAGUUUAGUGGCUCAAACAAUAGUCGUACCAUUUGAUAUCCUUAGCCAACAUCUAAUGGUUCUCGGGAUCAAUAACAAAAGUGAUAAAGUUUAUAUUGAUAAGUUAGGAAUGAAUCCACUUGGUUUAAAAGUGGAGCCUGGAAGGUCACGCGCUCACAUAUCCAUAGAAGUUGUAAGAUCCAUAUAUCACAGAGAUGGCUAUAGAGGCUUCUAUCGUGGAUACAUAGCAUCUUUAUGCGCAUACGUACCGAAUAGUGCUCUUUGGUGGGGCUUGUAUACAGUAUAUCAAGAUGAACUUAUAACAAUAUUUCCAAUAUGGUUUUCGCACUUAUUCAUUCAGGCAGUGGCUGGUACGCUUGGUGGUUUUACAACAACUGUUAUUACAAAUCCUUUAGACAUUGUAAGAGCAAGGUUACAAGUGCAAAGAUUAGAUAGUAUGCUUACCACAUUCAAGAUUUUGUGGAUCGAAGAAAGACUUAAAAUGUUUACAAAAGGCUUAUCUGCUCGUCUUGUUCAAUCGGCUUGUUUCAGUUUUACAAUAAUAUUAGGAUAUGAAACUAUCAAGAGAGUUAGUAUUAAUGAAGAAUAUAAAAGUUUUAUUAGAUGGUGAAUUUUAAAAUGUCCAUUUGUAUAAAUGUACAUUUAAAUGAAAUCAAAUGCAUUUUAUUAAAAAAUACAUAUGCAGACGCACAAAUGUGCACACACAAACUUUUCUAAAAGAGAAGAGAAGUAAAUAUACAAAAGUAAGUUGCUUCGUCGAUUGGGAGAAUCUAGAGAAAUAUUUUCAACGCCGAGUAUAAAAUAUAAUGAUAUAUUUAAAAAACUAAACAAGGAGGUUGAAGUCAAUAUUAAGUAGGCUAGAAAUCGCAAAUAUUGAAUCAUUCAUGGCACAAAUCUACUAACGUAACGAACUAACGUAAACGAUCAGCUAUAUCAAAAGCUUUUUUUCAUAAUAUUAAUCUGACCAGUUUUCAUAUUAUUGAUAUUUGUUGAAUCUAGAAGAAACAUUUUGCCAUAGAAAAUCUAUCAUUACAGUAUGUUUAUUGUCUCGCUAUAGAAAUAACUUUUAAUUUACUAUUAUAUUUAUAUAACGUAUUCAUUACUAGAGUAAUUGAAAGAUAUAUGUAUAUAUACAGUGAGUGUCAUUUAAAAUCGUACACCGUUAAACAAUUAGAAGACAAUUUAGAAAUAAAUAUAUUAAUAUAUCUUUAUUACGUAUUUAACGAAUUUUUCUUGAAAGGAUUAUUUAUAAAAAAUAAAUUAAGCAAAUACGAUACUAAUGCAGAAUAAACGCCCGUCACUGAAAAUUCAACGCGUUGGUGUAACUGUAAAAAUAGAAGUAAUACCUGCUAUUUCCGCAUUUAAAAGUUGGUCGUCCUUGUUUUCAAGAUCAUUUAAAUGUUUUUCUUUUAUUGUCAGAAUCAAUUUAAUAUGUAUUAAAGUAAAAAUAAUAAAAA